AGAAAACUAACCUCCGAAACAAACUCGCAAAGCCGUCGUCCAUCUUUCAUCAUCCAGUUUGCGGAAGUGAAAAACCAGGAAAAAAUAGCUAUUAUCAUCCCAGUUCCGGAACAAAACGUGCAGAAAUGGUCACCACAAAAGCGACAAAGUUGGGAGAAGCCCAGGAAAAGGACGGUGACGGUGAACCUGGCAGGCAAAACCCGAAAGCCGGAUCGGCAUCAUCGUCGUCGUCGUCGUCAGCAGCAGCAGCAGCAGCAAACAUCAAAGAGGCGUCGGCGUCGUUGACUUCGGUUGAGAGCGGAAAGGGCGAGGAUGGCGAAGACAAGUUGGUGAUUGGGGCGGAAUACCUGGUGCAGCGGCAGGAUGGUUCGUGGCACCCGGCUCAGUUGAUCCAGAGCCGGCAGAAUCCGUGCGAUCCGAAACAGCUGGAGUACUACAUUCACUACGAGGGGCUGAAUCGCCGGUUGGACCAGUGGGUCAGUAGGGAUCGUAUUUCCAGUGCCGUUGCGGGAGGGGACAAGAAAGCAGCUGGAUUGUGUGCUCCGAUUGCUCAGGAUUACAACGGAAAGAGUCCUUUGGUGGGAAGUGCAGGAAAUGCGAAAGAUUCUCCGAAGGUGGGCAAGCCCGCUGGGGAUAUCGAUAUGGGAGAUGGUGACCCGGAUCGAAAGAUAACUCGCAAUCAGAAGAGACGCCACGAUGAGAUCAAUCAUGUGCAGAAAACGUACGCCGAUAUGGAUCCCACGACGGCGGCCCUGGAGAAGGAACACGAAGCCAUUACCAAGGUGAAGUACAUCGACAAGUUGCGGUUCGGGAAGUUCGAGAUCGAUACCUGGUACUUCUCUCCGUACCCGGAGGAGUAUGGAAAAGUCGGAACGCUGUACGUUUGUGAGUAUUGCUUGAGGUAUAUGCGAUUAGCCAAAACCCUACAGCACCAUAAAGCGACUUGUACCAGACGCCAACCCCCGGGAAAUGAAAUUUACCGGAAAGGAACGGUCUCUAUCUUUGAAAUUGACGGAAAAGAUCAUCGCUUCUACUGUCAGACUCUGUGUCUGAUGGCCAAACUGUUCCUGGAUCAUAAAACUCUGUACUACGACGUGGAUCCAUUUUUCUUCUAUGUCCUGUGUGAGAUCGAUAAGGAUGGCCAGCACAUCGUGGGGUACUUUUCUAAGGAGAAGGAAUCUCCGGAAGGUAACAAUGUCGCUUGUAUUCUGAUCCUUCCUCCAUAUCAGCGUAAAGGAUACGGAAAACUGUUGAUCGCCUUCAGCUACGAACUGUCGCGUCGUGAAGGAAUCGUCGGAAGCCCGGAGAAGCCCCUAUCCGACUUGGGCCGCCUGAGCUACCGCAGCUUCUGGGCCUACACCCUGCUGGAGCUGAUGAAAGAUUACCGCACCACGACGAUCAAGGAACUCAGCGAGCUGUCCGGUAUCACCCAGGACGACAUCAUCUAUACCCUGCAGUCCAUGAAGAUGGUCAAAUAUUGGAAGGGACAGCAUGUGAUUUGCGUCACCGGCAAAGCAGUCCAGGAACAUCUACAGCUACCGCAGUUCAAGCGACCCAAACUGAUGAUUGAUUCCGCCUAUCUGAAGUGGACACCCCAGAAACGAUCCAUUCCGGUGAAACAAGUUAAGAAAGCGUAAAUCCCGACGCCGAUCCAAAUCUAGCUGUUAAGUAAGUAUGUUCCAUGUUCCAUUAUUCUAUUUUAUGUGUGGUAUUCACGACUCAUUGCGGCAUAGGCACGUGCAAGUAGAAGCCUGAUAAUUCUUUAUCUUCGGACAAAGCCUUUUAUGAUCUGUAGAAUAUAUCUUUAAUCUAAUUUUGACGUAA